CGACUUGGCUAUGAGGACAAACUAAUGCGUGUUUUCGAAAACCCUAAACAACCUGACAAAAAGAUAGUCUCUAAUCACCUUGAUAAACUUUUCCAUAGCAUCCGUCUCCAGAUGCAAUUUCUUGUCAAAAUGCUUCUUGGCAGGAGAUGGAAGGAUAUCCUUGAUUCCUUAAAGGAGGAUGAACGCAUCAAAGAGAAGGGACCCGGAGCUGUUGAUAGCGAAAGUGAUAUUGAUAUAGGUAUGUCAUACCCUGUAAAAACCCUUGUUCCCACUUUUGCUUAUUCCUGGCAUUAG